GCUGGGAUAAGUGAGCCAUUGUCCCGAGCUCUCUGUGGAUAACCUUAUGUAUUUCGUUUGCUUUAUAUGCGGCCUGGUAAGGACUUGACAACGACUACUGUUUCGUCAAAGCUGCCAGAGAAGGUGUACAGAAGCCUGUUCCAGCCGCUGAAGGUAUCUCGCCAUCAGUUCAAGAGAGUCAUCAAUUGCAUGAAACUCAUCCGCUACGUCAAGUUCCAAGAGAUUUACGCACAGGAGAAGAUAACUCGGGUGGAUUCGCUCUCGCUCGUGCUCUCCGGCAGACUGGUGAUAAGCCAAAAUGGGCGAGCUCUCCACAUUGUGUCUCAGCACCAGUUCCUUGACUCUCCAGAGUGGUUUGGUGUAUCUACAGAUGAGUUCUUCCAGGUCUCAGCAACAGCCAUAGAAGAUUCUCGAGUGUUGAUCUGGCAUCGUGACAAACUCAAGCUCACAAUUAUGGGUGACCAGUUUCUUCAAGCAGUGUUUGACCACAUUUUAGGCAGAGAUGUCGUAAAGAAGCUUAUGCAGUUCCCGGAGGCCGUGGGCAGGAGACCCAGCGAGGUGGAGGUGGACUUGGAGGUCAACGAGAGUUUGUCAGGGAUGAGCAAUGGCCACUGCGUUGCCAACCUGGCCGAUGACAGCGAGACUAAGCCGUUGCUGGUGGUCAAGAAGGGGGAGGAGUCGGGGAGCAUUACAGCAAUUAUCAACCGUCAGUUACAGGUUAAUGACACUCCUCCGUGGAGACUCGGACGCAUUGAGGAGACAGAUCAGGAGACUCCAGUAUGAACCCCAUGAAUUGGGAUCUCCGCUUCUAAACGCUUUCAAACUGUUUGCACCACAACUGGAAAAUGUUGACCACUACCAGCAUAUGGUCGAGCUCUAGAUGCUGGUGGGCAUCACACACGUGAGAAACAGUUAUAGAAUGAAUCUGAUAUUCCACCAGUGUCUACCAGUGUACAAGUGUCCAGAGGAAGUUGUUGUGGAGAAGUUUACACUUGUUAAUACACUAAUGCCAUACUGAUGAGCAGAUGCAAUUCUCCUAAGUAUUCUGACUAUUUCUGUGCAGUGUGAACUGUGAUAGGGUUUGCAAAUGCUCUUAUUCCCCAGACUGGACACAGGACUGAGAAGGCAAAUAAUGAUAUUAUCAUUUCAAAUUUUUUUUUGCCUUAUGUUUUUGUUUUUGUCUCUAUGUAUCCACCUCUUAAGUUGCUAUUUAUAAAACUUUCCUCUUUAGAUGUAUCAGCUUUCAUUCUUUAAAAGACCAGAACAACUAGAUUUUGAUGGCAUUUUUAGAUAUAUAAAGUCUAGUGUUUCUUACUGUGUUUUUGUGUUCAUCAUGUUUUAACCUUUUUUUCAUAAGUGUUAUUUUAUAAGUAACAUCACAUUGAUGUCAGUUGACAGAAGAUUUGGGUUAUUAAGAAUUGAUUAAACAUAAUUUAUUAAGUAUAGGAUUUUUUUAUAUAAAAUAUUUUAUCUCAGACUAGAAGAAUCCUGUGAUUUUUGACUGCAAAAUAUAGUUACAGGAAAAUCAUGUUUCAUUAAUUUGAUGUGUGAAUUUAUACAGAUAAAUUAUCUUUUUUUGUAGUAUGAUUUAUAAUACAAAUUUGAUAUAUUGAAGAGAUUUGUGAUAUUAUAAAGACUGAGAUCUAAAUACAAAUUCUUCCAUCACUUUGACAGUUGGUUAUGACUUUCCAUAAAAUAAGAUACUGUAUCAUGUAUUUUUUUCUUCUUUUUUUUUGAAGGGGAACAGAAAUACAAGCACAUUUUCACAAGUCUACACUGUGGUCUGUAUUACUGAACAACUAUUAUUGCAUAUUAUAAGAUCAGAUUUCUUUAUUAAAAUUACUGAAAAUGAAAUUAGUCACUAUUCUGAUUUAAUUUUUUUUUUAAGAUUUGAUAUGUGUAAUAACAAGAGGCAAAAACCAUAUAGAUAUUGUGAUUUUUUACCAGCUUAAAUAGAAUAUGAUUAUUAGACAUAAAACAUAGGGUAUGGAAAAUUUCAAAAGGAGCCAGUGCAGUUCAAGCCUGUAGUUUUGCUAGGUUGCAUUUUUAUUAUCAGUGUUACUUAAUUGAUAACCAUGCAGAUAUAGGCCAAGUUCAUAGAUUAUCAACCAAGCUGUAAUAUUUAUCAGCUUGCAAUUUUGUUGCUAUUAUCAAGUAAGCUAUGUGUUAGAAGUCUGCAAGAUUGCUAUGGAAAAAGUCACAUGCAAUUCUAAGAUCUGUAUCUUGUCACUCUGAAGUGAUGCUGCUUUUGCUGACUUAGCUGUAACUGCUGAAGAGAUAUUGUAAGUUGUUUGAAUGGGACUGGAUAUUUAUUCAUUUUAGUAGGCAUUAGCAUUGAAAUUUGUUCAUCUAGUAGAUAUGCAGCAAACAAAAUUGAUGUUUAAAAGGAGUUUACAUAAAGAUACGUUUAUUGUUUCUGUUCCCCUUUAAAUCUGAGCUUUCAGAAUGUUACCAAGGUUUCAGCAGUCCUUAUGAUGUACACUGAUGGGCACAGUAAAGGGUCCAACAUUUUGCUCUGUGGGUUAGUAUUGCUCAAAAGUUUUUAUAUGUAUGGUAAGAAAUAUAUUAGGUCUCAGAAUCCACCAUUUUCUCAAAAGGUCAAAAUGACUUGCUUUGAGAUCACCAUUACUGACCAGUUGUUCAAUAAAGGGCAUGACUAAUAUUGCAGCUGUUAGAAAAAGAAAAUACUCCUUUUUUAAAUGGAGUAAUUGGACAAAGUCAUUUCCUAUAAAUGUUUGAUUCUUCUUUUCAGCAAUCACUUCCUUCAUACCCUUUGCAUCACACUUACUUUCAAGGGUAAUAAAACAUGCAAAAAUCUAUUUAUUCUCAAAGUUGGAAUUGAGAAAAUAUGUAAGGGGAGGCUUGUGGCAAAUCUUAUGGUAGCUUAGACUGAUUCAGUGAAAUAUGAUAUCUUUGUUUUCUCUCCAUGCACUAAGAAGUGCCUGUUUUGUGUUGGUUUUAUAAGUUCAUUUUGUACAUGCAAUGAUAUUAAAUAUCAGGCAUUUUAAUUAAAAUAUGUAUGCUUAGGCAAAGCUGUUCAGUAUUUUAGCUUGUUUUAUGGUGCUUGUAUUUUUUUUUAUUAUUAAACAAUACCUUCCAGUCUUUGGACAAUCAUAAUACAAAUAAUAUUAAUCAACACAUGUAUUGUGAAACAGAACACUUGAUGUUUACUCACAAGGCCAACUACUAUAUCAUAAAAUAUGGGUGAAAGUACGGUUUAACCCACCAUAGCAAUAUAAACUAUAACAAGCACAAAGUAUUUGUUACUAUUUGAAGUAAUCCACUGUAAUAUUGUGUUUCCCUUUCUAUAUAUCAAUGCCUGUUGCAGUUUUAUGGAGGGAUUUGCAAAUUAUUUCUUUUUAAGCAUUUCCUCUGACUGCAUAAACAGUAUUACUUUAACUGUCACUCAGAAUCGCUCAUAUUUGGGAUAUUUAUGCAACUUCAUUUAGUGCAAUAUAAACUUGGUUCUUAAACAUGCUGAUUAUUGGCACACGGCUACAUUUUAACUUUCUACUACCGUAUUUCAUUUUUUGAAUAAAGAUUAUAUGAAAAGACAUAAUUGCUACGUGUAUGAUGCUGAAAAUUGAUGGAAUAUAUGUAAAACUGCUUUUGGCCAAUUUACAGUUGCUAUUUUAGAAUAUUUUGCUUUUAUUCAUACAGUGAGUCAUACAGGCAUGUAUGUGACCAUGUAUAUGUAAGCAUGUAUUUGAGUGUGUGUUUUUAUGUGUCUGCAGAUAUAUAAAUACAUUUUGUUUUUUUACAAACAAUUAUCGUAAUGAAAAAGUUUAACCUUAGGCCUUUCAUUCAAGAGAAUGAUAACAAUACAAGAGUUUCUAGAAUAUUUCAAGCUGGAAGUAAACUUCAGUUAUUUGAUAUAUUGAAAUAAUCUGUCAUAAGUAACUCACAGCUUGAUUGAUGUGUUCAGCCAAGCUAACUAACAGUGCAGAAAAUGAAGAAAUGUAGCCUGUACGCAAGCUCUUCUGCUGCUGCUGCUGCUUUCUUCUUCUUCUUCUUCUUCUUCUUCUUCUUCUUCUUCUUCUUCUUUUUCUUUUUCUUCUUCUUCUUUCAAUCUUUUUUUUUUACACAAAACUUUUAUUAGUGUGAACCCUGCAAUUUUUCUUUGUCUAUGAUAAGUCAUUGUUAUUUUAAUGUUAUGAUAUGGUAAAAUUUAUCAAUUCUGACAAAUAUCCUUGUUUAUGUUUCUAGUCAUGCUCAUAUUCUGAUUCUUUAUUUUCUGAAAAUCCAUAUGUGACAGUCAUGUCAGUGAUAGAGAAUAUCAUGAACUUUUAACUCAUUGCAAAUAUGCUUGCAUUUGUAUGGUGCUCAAAGGCAGCAUUGUAUUUUGCUUGUUGUACACAGGAAGAGUUUUUCAUUGUUAACUAUUAUGGCUCUUUCCCUCUGUCUCUUUGUUGUUUUUCUUUUUGUUUCCCUUUUCUGUAUUUUCACAUGCUUCAUCCCCUUGCACACUAUAUGUAUUUGGGCUUUCUCCUGUAAGUCAAAUACAAUAGGCAGUGGCGAGUGUACUCAUACAUAGCUGAUAUUUUAAACAUAUUUUUUCAAAUAGAAAUAUUUAAUAUUGACACCAUAGUGAACAAAACAGCAAAUUUAAGCUAGGUGAGGAAAACUUAAAGUGUAAACUUUUAUGUUAGGGUGGUUGCUGAAGGACUAUUGCAGACUUAAAAAAAAAUGAUUGAAAGUAUGUACUGACAACGGAUCCCAGGAGAAUGUUUGCUGUGCAUGACCCAAGGCCAUGUCUCAUUUUGAUGAGAAAAUGCAACUCUUCUACAGCCAUUUUACAGAUACUCAUGUGAAAUGGCAGUUGGUUUUAGUCAUUGUGUUGUUUGAAUGUGUGUUUUAAGUGUGCAAGGGGAUUAAAAUCUUAGUACAUUUAUUAUAUUAUAUCACAGAAUCGCCUAACCUCUAUACAUUUUGAUCAGAACAUCUAUUAGCAAUUAUAUCUCCUUACCACAGUCAUACUACUGAUGAAAUAUACUAUAUUGGUUGCUUGCUUAAGGUCCAAAAAUAUGUUAGGAAGGUAGAGAUUAGCUAUGUAAGAAUAUUACUGAUAUAUUUACUGCAAUUUCAAAUUGCUUAUUUCAAAUUUAGUAUUGCAGACACACACAUUCAUACAGUCACACUUACAUUUCCUUUCACAAUUGAAAACACCCACUCACAUCCACAUUAGCCAUACAUUCUAACAUAAUUAUGUGUAAUUAUAUUAAGCAGAGUUCACAAACAUACCGAAAGGCUGUAAAUUUUAUACACUAAUCAUUUUUAUGCACCAAAAAUCCAAACACAAACAGUAAGGCUGAUGAUAGCAUUCUUCAUAAGGUGAAGUAAAAAUAAUUGUUACUUUUACAGAUAUUCAUCUGUCAAAAUACUUUGUCCCAGAUGAAAUCAACAAAACAUUUACAUGCAUUUCAUCAGGUGCAACAACAGAACAGGUCCUGCCUAUAGGCUGCAAUUAUCAGAUCUUGGUACAAUGCACAUAGGUAAUCCUCUUCCCAGCCAUGUAAUACAGGAGACAAGUGAAUGGUUAUUGAUCCACUUGCUACUGGAUUCUUUUGUCUCUGUGAGACAACCAGAUUGUGUGUAAAUAUAUAUAUGCAUCAAUGAAAAAAAACUAUGAAGGCAUUGGUAAGGCAUUUCUUGCCACUGUCCUUUUGUUUUUCACUGACAGCACUUUCCAGAACUUGUAAUAAUGUAUGAGGAUGGUUUACAGUGUUUUGUGGUUUCUUUUUGCCAGUAUAGUAGCCCAGAUCCAUAAGCUAUCAGUCUUUACAGAAAUAUCUGUAGUCUACAUCUGUGGUAAUAUUAUUUGGUUAUGUAGCACUGUAACAGCUUGGUACUGAUGUUAGCAACUGAUUUACAAGAUUAAUGACAGAUUUACAAAAGUUUACAGUAAAUUCAAUGUCAGUUGGCUUAAUCAGAUGGCCUAAUCACAACCAACUUUUUUCAGUGUUUUCAUAUCAUUCCAAAUGUAAUCAGAUAUUGUUUGUAAGAAUGAUGUGAAUAUAAGUAAAAAUACAGUACAGCUAUGAACCUGGGACCUUGCAAUUGCAAUGCCAUCACUCUACGACUGCACUACACCACCUCCUGAUUGAAUGUAUCAUUUGAAAUUCUUACAACAAAUAAUAUUAUUUAUUUCAGAAUUUUAAAGCCACAUUUGUUGUGUGUAGAGUAUCAGACUUAUCACUGUGCUAAAGAGAGCCUAGAUAAGUCUUGAGUUUGAGCUUUAAAAAUAUAGCCUUGUAUUCUGUGAGAAUAUGGGCAAAAUAUUUGGUAAUUUUUUAAAUUGUGAUAUCAAGCAUAAAUGUUAGAGGAAUGAUUUUUAAAAAGUACCAAUGGCAGAGUGGUGUCAGGAGCAAGACAUACCUUUUACCAUUGUGAAUAUAGUGGCAUAAAUGUCAUAAAGCUUUCCCCAUCAGCACCUAAACUGCUAGCAACAAGAAAUAUUGCAUUGUCUUCUUUUAGAUUCACUUGAUUUUCUCAGAAUCACUCUUUUUGUCUGAAAGUUGUUACACCAUUUACCAUUUAAUCAUGCUCAUUUAUAUCAGUCAAAAUUCUGCACAUGGUAUAGUGGAAGAUGGUGCUAUAAAUAAUUUUUUACUUAAUUGUUUCCUAUGAGAUAAGUCUAUAUGCAAUUAUUGGUCAGUGAUAACCAAAGCAAGUUCAUAAAAUCAUAUGUAUGGUAACUCAUCAUUUAGUUAAGUUUUAACUGAUGAAAGAAGACAUUUCUUAGUUCAACUAGAAAUCCAAGACCUUCACAACAUAUGAUACUGAAGUGCACAAGGUAUAAAGUUGGAAAGAAUAUGAACCACUGACUUGGUGGUUCCUGAUCUUGCAAAUAUGAGUGAAGUGAUGCCUACUAGACUGUUCAAAGUAAAGAUGUACUGAUAGGAAAGUUUACUCUUUUUUUUUUGCAUACAAAAAUCCUUAAUAUGGAAAGCAUGUUCUUUCUUACAUUGCCAGCACGAAAAUAUCCUACAUGAAGUCUAGGUUUCCCCAGAUGUAUGUAAUUUUUUUUCUUUGAUAAUUUACUUAUUUUGGAUAUAAUAUUAAUUUUUAGAGCUGACAAACAUUUUCUACGUAGAAUGGGGGUAUACAGGUCUGAAUAUGUAUAUGUAUUAUACAUUAAAUUUGUUCAAUCAUCAGAGUUAUAGGAUUUGGUUUGCAUUUUUAAGUGUAAAUCCAGAAUAUCUUCCAUAAAAUCAAACAUACGCACUAGACUCAGGAAGCAACAUAUUGGCAUUCAUGUUGCAUCUACUGCAAUUAACAUUUUGGAAAUAAGUGCCUGUGGUGAAUCUUGAAUAAUUCAUCAGUUUCAAGGGUCUGCAAUAAGAUAUCAAUUGUAUACGUACACCAUUAGAACUGAAGAAAACCCUUUGAGCUGGUGAAUUAUCCAAAUGGUGAUCCAUUUAUUGACAAGUGUACUGAUAGGGUAAGCAUUAAAAAGGUACACAGUAUUGUACCUUCAUUGUCAUGGAUUUCAAAAAUUACUAAUAUUAUUGAAUAAUGAAAGUGUAAUAUUUGGGAUUUGGGCAAAUGUUUUAUAAAGUACAAUGCAAGAGAGGCAGAGAGUGGGUUAUUUGCAAUUUAUAUCAGUCAGAUGAAGUUGCUUAUAUAUAACCCCUCAUUGCCGGUCAUUCAAUGUGUUUUGAGAGAUAUGGGUUGGAUUAACUACUUUCAUAGGAACUUUGUCACUUAUAGAGACAAAAUAUGAGUAAAUGUAACCUCUGUAAAUCACUUUUUAUGGAUACAUUUGCUUAUUGUACACUAGCUUUCUGUAAAGUCCUCCCACCUCCACAGUUUCUAAUUGUUCAGACUGAGUAAAUGACAGUUUAUGAAGAAUACUAAAGCACGAGCUACCCCAUGUAUUCUUAUUAUGGCAAAUAUUCUUUUGUAUGUUCAUUUCAGUCAUGAUCAUUGUACUUGAUUUUUCAACAUCAAGAACCUCUUUUGCAUCUGAAAUAUAUAAUGUGUGUGUGUGUACAGUGUCAAUGUUGGUACAUUCACAAUAAAAUAUACAUAGCAAUA